AUGUGGUGGGGAAGGGAAAAUACCCAUAUGGGUUGGUAUUUUGAGAAACGCUACUGUCAAAGAAUAUUACUUGGGAAAGGGAAAAGGAAGAUGAAAAUUUUGCUAAUUAGCCUCAAACGAAAUUUUGCAAAUGUUGCAGCAGCUUCGGGAAGACCUUGGAAAGAUAUAACCGUUGCUGCUAUCAGAGAAGUCUCGCAAGGAGAGAAAAGAGUUGCAAUAACUCCUCAAGCAGCGGAAAGUUUAAUUAAGAAAGGAAUCCGAGUUGUUAUCGAACGCGGUGCUGGUGUUUCUGCUUCGUUCAACGAUGAUUUGUACCAGAAAGUUGGAGUUAAUGUUGUUGACAAAGAUACUGCCUAUCAGUCUGAUAUUAUCUUUAAGGUUCGUGUACCAACUUUAGAAGAAUGCGCGAAAUUUCGUCCUAAAAGCACUCUGUUAUCGUUCAUAUAUCCAGCACAGAACAAAAACGUUAUUGAUGAACUUGCGAAGAGAGAAUUAACUGUGUUUGGUAUGGACUGCGUCCCCAGAAUAUCGCGUGCCCAGGUAUAUGAUGUGCUUAGCUCAAUGGCUAAUAUUUCUGGGUAUAAAGCUGUUAUCGAAGCUGCAAAUCAUUUUGGCCGAUUUUUCACGGGGCAGAUAACAGCAGCUGGUCGAGUACCGCCUGCAAAAAUUCUUGUAAUUGGUGGUGGCGUUGCUGGUUUAAGUUCUAUAGGAACAGCAAAAGGAAUGGGAGCAAUAGUACGUGGAUUCGAUACACGUUCAGCUGUAAAAGAACAAGUAGAAUCAUUAGGCGCAGAAUUUUUAGAAAUUCAAAUAAAAGAGGAAGGUGAAGGAAUUGGUGGUUAUGCUAAGGAAAUGAGCAAAGAAUUCAUCGAGAAAGAAAUGGAACUUUUCUCGCAGCAGUGUAAAGAGGUAGAUAUCAUUAUAUCAACCGCACUUAUUCCUGGAAAACCAGCUCCGAGACUAAUUACGAAGGAAAUGAUAGCAACAAUGAAACCAGGAAGUGUUAUUGUCGAUUUGGCAGCUGAGGCAGGUGGUAAUAUUGAAACGACAAGACCAGGACAAUGCUAUACCAAUUCAAAUGGUGUGAUUCAUAUAGGUUACACUGAUUUGCCAAGUCGUCUUCCUACUCAAAGCAGUCCCAAGGAACAAUUUAAUGUGGAUCUGAAUGAUGAAGUUGUGCGAGGUACAAUCGUUCUCCAUCAAGGUCGAAUGAUGUGGCCUCCACCAGUUAUUUCGUCUCCACCGCCAAGUCCCACUUUGGCCAAAAAAAUCGAGGAAAAAGCAGUAGUUGAAGUUCCACUUAGUCCAUUACAACAGACAUUCAAAAGUGCUGCCAUAUACACUGCUGGUAAUCUAAAUUUUUCAUAG